AUGAGCACAACAACCCGAACAAUUACCAAGCAAGAACUUGAAGAACAUAACGAAGAUAACGCCAAAGCACAAUGGAUUGUUGUGGACGGAAAAGUCUAUGACAUCACCGAUUAUAAACAUGAACAUCCUGGUGGUGAGGAUAUCUUGUUGGAACACGCCGGAGCUGAUGCCUCUGAAGCAUUUGAAAAUGUUGGACACUCUAAAGAUGCCAGAAAUAGAUUAAAGUCAUUGCUAGUGGGAGAAUUGGCAGGCUACAAAUCGUCAUCAAGUGCUGAUGAAACAACCACUUCUUCAUCAUCGAACGAAGCUUCCUCUGAUUCUUCAAUGGUGAAGAUUUUGUUAGCUGUCGGUGUUGCUGUCGUUCUUGGAGGCAUUUACUUUACUAAAAUUGCUCAAUAA